UUUUUUUUUUGAAGAAACAACAAAAUUAGAAUACACGGAAAUUAAAAAGAAAUCACAUUGCUUAUAAAAACAUUUCUCAUCUUCAGAUUUUUAUUUUCCUAUCCGUCUUUUCUCCGAUCGCUGGAUCUUGAAGAUCUCUAGAUUUUCUCAUCUCUCUCUGUUCACGGACUCUGUGUAGAUAGAGUUCGUCUGUUUUUCGGAGUUCUUGUGAGAAUCUAGGGUUUUUUUCUUAAAUCUCGAUCGGGUUUUGGUUUCUGUGAUUUUUUUUUAAAAUUUGUGAUUCGAAGAAUUGCCAUUUUCUUUGAUUAGUCAUAUUUUUUAAUUGCGAUCUCUACAUAGAGAUCAUCGAGGGGUUUUUAAAUUGAAUUUUUUGAAAUUGACGAAGACGAUAGAGUUGUUGAGCGGUAUUGAUCUUUUGGUGUGAAGACGAUAGAGUUUAAAUUUGAUUUGAAGAGGAUGCAAAAAACUCAGGAGAAGAAGAACAUGAAAGAGAUGGAGUUUUUCACUGAGUAUGGUGAUGCUAAUCGUUAUCGGAUUCUUGAAGUUAUUGGGAAAGGAAGCUAUGGAGUUGUAUGUGCAGCUAUUGAUACACAAACAGGAGAGAAAGUUGCUAUUAAGAAGAUUAAUGAUGUUUUUGAGCAUGUCUCUGAUGCUCUUCGUAUUCUCCGUGAGGUUAAGCUUCUACGGCUUCUUAGGCACCCUGAUAUAGUUGAAAUCAAAAGUAUCAUGCUUCCGCCUUCUAAGAGGGAGUUUAAAGAUAUAUAUGUUGUUUUUGAGCUCAUGGAAUCAGAUCUUCAUCAAGUCAUCAAAGCUAAUGAUGAUUUGACUCGUGAGCAUCACCAGUUUUUUCUUUAUCAGAUGCUUCGUGCUUUGAAGUAUAUGCAUACAGCUAAUGUUUACCAUCGUGAUCUUAAACCCAAGAACAUACUGGCAAAUGCAAACUGCAAGUUGAAAGUCUGUGACUUUGGACUUGCAAGAGUGUCGUUUAAUGAUACACCUACGACAGUCUUUUGGACGGAUUAUGUUGCCACAAGAUGGUACAGGGCACCUGAGCUCUGUGGAUCAUUCUGUUCUAAGUAUACUCCAGCAAUUGACAUUUGGAGCAUUGGCUGCAUCUUCGCUGAGGUAUUAACAGGGAAGCCUUUGUUUCCAGGAAAAAGUGUUGUCCAUCAGUUAGACUUGAUUACCGAUCUUCUUGGCACACCAAAAUCAGAGACCAUUGCUGGGGUGCGAAAUGAAAAGGCUAGAAAAUAUUUGAACGAAAUGAGGAAGAAAAAUCUUGUCCCCUUUUCGCAAAAGUUUCCUAACGCAGAUCCUUUAGCAUUGCGUCUUCUGCAAAGACUGUUGGCUUUUGAUCCAAAGGAUAGGCCGACUGCUGCAGAGGCGCUGGCUGAUCCUUAUUUUAAGUGCCUUGCUAAGGUUGAAAGAGAACCCUCUUGUCAGCCGAUUUCGAAGAUGGAAUUUGAGUUUGAAAGAAGAAGGUUGACAAAGGAUGACAUUAGAGAACUAAUAUACAGGGAGAUACUGGAAUACCAUCCACAGCUGCUCAAGGAUUAUAUGAACUCUGAAGGCUCAAGUUUUCUAUAUCCUAGUGCCAUCGGUCAUUUGAGGAAACAAUUUGCGUACCUAGAGGAAAAUAGUGGCAAAAGUGGGCCAGUCAUACCUCCAGACAGGAAGCAUGCUUCACUUCCACGGUAUGUUUUCUCAUCCAUUCAUACCAUACAUCUCUGUUGAUUCAGUAUGACACUUGUGAUUAAUAUUUACCUCUUCAUCUUCGUAGAUCUGCAGUUCAUUCCAGUGCAGUAAACUCCAACGCUCAACCCAGUUUAAACGCAUCAGACAGUCGACGUGUUUCUAUCGAACCUUCAAGAAAUGGAGUGGUUCCAUCAACUUCAGCAUAUUCAACUAAACCUUUAGGGCCUCCACCAAGAGUACCAUCAGGUAAUUCCCGAAUUAUUAUCUAUGAAUGUAAUUGACUUUUUCUCUGGGGAUGAAAAUUUGUAGCAAUCUCCCAUCACAGUUAAAAUCAUAAAUAGAUGCACAGUAUUGUUCUCAAAGUCAAUCGCCUUCCUUAUGUCUAACAGGUAAACCAGGCCGUGUUGUGGAAUCAUCUGUAACUUAUGAAAAUGACAGAAACCUCAAAGAGUCGUCCUAUGAUGCAAGGACAUCAUAUUACAGAAGCACAGUACUCCCUCCACAGACCGUAUCUCCUAACUGUUACUUCCUUCCAAACACCAUGAAUCAAGAGAAGCGCAGUGGUACAGAAGCUGCAUCUCAGCCAAAACCGCAGUUUGUCCCCACCCAAUGCAACUCUGCCAAACCAGCUGAGCUGAACCCAAACCCUUAUGUCCAAUCACAACACAAGGUGGGUAUUGAUGCUAAGCUGUUGCAUGCACAAUCCCAAUAUGGUCCUGCUGGAGCCGCCGCGGUUGCAGUAGCAGCACACCGGAACAUUGGAGCUGUUGGGUAUGGCAUGUCUUAGAAUUUAGCACAUUGGCGCUGUUGGCUAUUGCCAGAAACUCCUCUUGUUAUAGUCGUUAUGUAAUGUAAGUAUUAUUCGAUCAGGCCUGAUUUGAACACAUUUGAGAUUGUAAUAAAAAUGGUUCAGUUUUAACCCC